UAACGCAAAUGUGUAACAAUGGAAACAUUAUGUCACACAAUCAGCAGAGUUCGCAUGAAAUAAUUGAACAUACGUACACUUCAACAGAGGCACACAACCUUUUGGCCUCUCAUUCUCCACCGUAUGCGACAUACUAAACGUUGUGCAUCAUGGCACUUGGCAGAGGACUUUUAACUUUUUUGACACUACUAAAUUGCUCGCAUGGUUUCCUAUUGGUGAAUGAGGUCUGCUACACACAGGACGGCCUCGGCUGUUUCAGCAAAACCAGUCCGUAUGAUAACGCCCAGGGUUUUCUGCCCGAAUCUCCUGCCACCAUCGGGGUUCAAUUCCGCUUGUUCACGCGCUCCAAUCCGGUCCAUUACCAACUUGUGGACAAGUCACCAAGUACAAUUCUGCACUCCAACUUCAACCCAACCAGAAAAACAAAGGUUAUCACUCACGGAUAUAUCGAUUCUGCUAACGCAACAUGGGUAAAAUUCAUGGUCCUAGCGAUAUUAAGACAGGAGGAUGCCAAUGUAAUUGCUGUUGACUGGUCACCUGGUGCGGCUCGUGUUAACUACUUGAUGGCAGCGGCAAAUACGAGAGUUGUCGGCGCUUUGAUUGCACAGCUAUUAACGCAACUACACAUUACUGCGCAUGCGCAGUAUAUCGACUUUCACCUGAUUGGCCAUAGUCUUGGUGCACACAUAUCCGGAUAUGCGGGACAACGGGUACCCGGCUUGGGAAGAAUUACAGGUCUAGAUCCUGCUGGACCCGCGUUUGAAAACACUGCUGAGAGCGUCCGCCUAGACCCUACAGAUGCUUUGUUCGUAGAAGCUAUCCACACGGAUGGCGAUUCCCUUAUACACCUAGGUUUUGGUUUAAAACAACGUGUCGGCCAUGUUGAUUUCUACCCAAACGGAGGAGACGAUCAGCCCGGCUGUCCAGCUAAUCUGGGGCAGCAUCUGUUUAGCCUUCUCAGCGGCUCUAUUGAAUACUUCAGUAGUACCCUUGCUUGCAGUCACGUGAGAGCCACUGAUCUGUAUACUGAGUCCAUCUCCAGCAGUUGCCAUUUCCGGUCCCAACCAUGUGACAGCGUGGCCAACUACGAGGCAGGUCGUUGUUCAGCGUGUAACAGUGGAUGCGUUGCCAUGGGAUACACAACACCCAGUGCUGCUCGUGGAAGCUAUUUCCUGACGACCAAUCGCCAACCUCCAUUUUGUCGACCUUAAGAAAGCAUACAUUUUUCAAAGGCUGAUCAUGCAUAAGGUUGUUAGUAUACGUACGUGUGCGCAAUAAAGGAAACUCGCAAAAUGUAUGAUGUUCAUAGAUCUAUUUAAAUUAACUUGUUUCCAAACGGUGGUUUAAAUAAAGUAUGUAAAUUGUA